CAUCUUUCUGUGAGCAGCUCAAAGCAGGCAGAAAGGGACGGUGAGCCCGGGACCAUGGGAACUGGUCCAGAGAGUAACUUCGGCAUCUCUGGAUGAUGCUGUGAACUCCUGAGCCUUCCUCUUCUGCUACUUCUUCAUCUCUGCUGUUGGCAGAAGUGUGUCUGCUCCUGGGAGAGCAGGACCAGGGGCCUCUGGUGCCAGAGAUGCAAUUGGGUCCCUUGUUCAAGAGUGUGUGACGAUGUCUGUAUCCAGACAUGGUGUGCCUGUGAAGUAUAUUCUUCCCACCACGCAGAGAUGGUGACUUCCAGGAAGCUGAAGACCCAGUGUGAUUGACAUGGCCUCAGCUCCUUCUGUUACUAGCCUGGCAGAUGAGGUCAACUGCCCCAUCUGCCAAGGCACCUUAAGGGAGCCUGUCACCAUUGACUGUGGCCACAACUUCUGUCGUGGCUGUCUUACUCGCUACUGUGAGAUCCCAGGCCCAGAACCGGAGGAGUCCCUCAGCUGCCCACUCUGCAAAGAGCCUUUCCGCCCAGGGAGCUUCCGGCCCAACUGGCAGCUGGCCAACGUGGUAGAGAACAUCGAACGCCUUCAGCUGGUAUCCACACAAGUUCCGGAGGUGGAGGAUGCCUGUCCCGAACACAGGGAGAAAGUAUACUUCUUCUGCGAGGAGGAUGAGGCACAGUUGUGUGUGGUGUGCCGUGAGGCUGGACAGCAUAGGGCUCACACAGUGCGCUUCUUGGAGGACGCAGCAGGUCCCUACAGGGUAGGAGAGGAUCCCUGCAGGGAACAAAUACAGAACUGUCUUAUGUGUCUAAGGAAAGAGAGAACAGAGAUUCAAGAAAUCCAGUCAAGAGAAAACAAAAGGAUACAGGUGCUCCUGACUCAGGUGGCCACCAAGAGACAACAGGUGAUUUCCCAGUUCACACAUCUGAGUCAGUUCCUAGAGGGACAACAGAGUGUCCUUUUAGCACAGCUGGAGAGGUUGGAUGGGGACAUCCUGAAGCAACAGGAAGAAUUUGAUUCCCUGGCCACAGGGGAGAUCUGCCGGUUCAGCACCCUGAUCGAGGAGCUAGAGGAGAAGAACAAGCAGCCAGCGAGGAGGCUCCUGACGGAUAUCAGAAGCACUCUAAUAAGGUGUGAAACUAGAAAGUGCAGGAAACCGGAGGCUAUAUCCCCAGAGUUGGGCCAGAGGAUCCGGGACUUCCCCCAACAGGCCAUCCCUCUGCAGCAGGAGGUGAAGACAUUUCUGGAAAAACUCUGCUUUGAAUUGGACUAUGAGCCAGCCCAUAUUGCUCUAGAUCCCCAGACUUCCCACCCCAAGCUCCUCCUGUCUGAAGAUCACCAGAGGGCUCGGUUCUCCUACAAAUGGCAGAAUUCGCCAGAUAGCCCACAGCGUUUUGAUCGAGCCACCUGUGUCCUGGCUCACCGUGGCUUUACAGGAGGGAGGCAUACUUGGGUGGUGAAUAUAGACUUGGUCCAUGGGGGCAGCUGUACUGUAGGUGUGGCGAGAGAGGAUGUGCCACGGAAAGGAGAGCUACGGCUGAGACCAGAGGAAGGAAUAUGGGCAGUGAGACUAGCUUGGGGCUUUGUCUCAGCUCUGGGUUCCUUCCCCACAAGGCUGGCCCUAGAGCAGCAACCCCGGAAGGUGCAGGUGUCUCUUGACUAUGAGGUAGGCUGGGUAACCUUUGUCAAUGCUGUCACCCAGGAGCAUAUCUAUACCUUCACUGCCUCUUUCACUCGGGAGAUCUUUCCCUUGUUUGGACUCUGGGGCAGAGGGUCUAGCUUUUCCCUCGGCUGUCAAGAAAGUGCAGUUUCCCUCCUCUGAGUAUGAGACUAGAAUCAAGCACCCUGGGGCGUUGGCCCUUGGCUGGGUCAACCAGGCACAAAAAUGACUAUUUUUUUUUUUUUUUUAGACAAUAGGGAUGCCAUAUGUCAGUAAGAGACAAGGUGGUAGGACUUUUAGUCUCUUCAUUGCCCAAGCUUUUCCCCAGUGCCCAUCAGGUGGUCAGGGUAUCUGGGACCUUGGCUGAUGGCACAGGAAUAGAUAUACAAACAGUGCUGGGUUGUAAACCUUUUAAAGACCUGGGUUCCAGAAGAAGUCCUGUAAUCAACCAGCUGCAUGAUUUCAAGCAAAACACUUUACCUCUUCAUUUUGUUUUCUUCCAAAAGUAUUAUUUAAUUUAUUCAUAUCUUCAAGAAACAUUUUGGCAGAGUAUGGUCAAAACACACUGAAUACAUGAACGGAAUUGUGAAAGAAUAAAGACAU